AUGGAUAAAAGUUACAGUACAAAAAAGUUGAAUCUGGAGGCAGUUGAGCUAAAGAUUCGAAAUGGUGAGAGCGAAGAUAUUGAAUUGAAUGAUGACAAUAGAAAUAUAGAUAUUACUAUAAAAACGAAAGAGAUAUAUACAAAUUUAGAUUUGGUUGAUGGAUUUGGGCGAGAAAAAGAUAAAUCACAGUCUAUAGAGAAAGGUAUAAGUAACAUGGAUGAAGUGAACAUACAUGAUUUACCAAAAGAUGAUGAUUUACCAAAUACUCCAAUGAUGGGGGUUUGUUCUGGUAAUAUAGGAGAAAAAGCAAAGUGGUUGAAGGUAAGAAAUAUAAUCAACAAAUAUUUACAUUUCAAAUGUAAAUUAUUUCCAGAUAUUACUGCUGAACAAUCUUACAUUUUUACUUUGGCUUAUUUAUCAUAUAUGAUGUUAUAUUCUACUAGAAAACCAUUUUCAGUUGUGAAGAUGCAAAUUCAACAAGAUUUGAAUUUAACAACAACAAUUUUAGGAUGGAUUGAUACAACAUUCCUUGGUUCUUAUGCAAUAGGUCAACUAUUCAUACCUACUUUAUUUGAAUCUGUACCAGCUCAUAAAUUAUUAUGCAUAGCAUUUAUGUGUUCAGCAGUAUGUUCUACAAUAUUUGGAAGUACUAGCAAUUCAUCUAUCUUAUUAACUAGUUGGUUUUUUAAUGGAUUAUUUCACGCUGGAGUUUUUCCUUUAUUAGUCAGAUUUCUAGUUUCAUGGUUUUCAAAUAACCAGCGAGGAAAAGUUUUAGGUUUAUGGACAACAAGUCAACAGGCUGGUGCUAUGAUCUCUACUGCAUUUGCAGCUGCUAUUUGUACUAAAUUAGGAUGGAGAGCUGUAUUUUAUAUUCCUGCAUGUGCUGUCUUUAUUUUUGGGAUAAUUAUAUAUAAUACUUUGAUGGAUCCCCCUUAUCAAUAUAACAGGGAUAGAUAUAUAAAAACGGAUGAAUCUAAUUGUGCUAAACAAUCCUCUUUAUCUUUGUCUAGACGUUCAAUUGUAAUGCCUGAAAUAGUUUUAUUAGAUAAAGGAAAUAAUUCAUGUGAAGCAAAAGGAUUAGAUGAUAAUAUAGAUAUGGAUUAUCAAGAUGUAUAUAUAAGUACAGAUAAGAAAAUGGACACUUUAUUAAAGUCAAAGAAUAAUAAUAUGGAAAAAAAGAUGACAGUUAUUAAUUCUGCAGAUUCUAAUUAUCUGAGCUCAUCUUCUCCAAUGAAAUUGAAAAAUAUGCACAAACUAAUGGAAAUUUCUCUUGAUGAUUUAGAUAGUACGGGAUCAACUUGUAAUUCAAGUGUUAUGGAUUAUAAUACAUCUAAAGCAAAGAAUUUAAUAUCACAGGGUAAGACUAAUAAUAGAGAAUUUAGUAAUGAAUUCAAACAAAAAAUAUAUUUUUUAUUCCUUGUUCCUAAUUUGGUAAAUAUAGCAAUUACAUAUUUCUUUAUAAAAUUAAUAAGGUAUUCACUGUUAUUUUGGUUACCUUAUUAUUUAAUACGUGAAAUGAAUUAUGACCCUUCAAUAGCUGGAUAUUCAUCAAUGUUAUUUGAUAUUGGAGGUAUAUUUGGUGCAAUUACAGCAGGUAUUGUAGCAGAUGCAAUGUUCCAAGGUAAAAGAAUAAUGGUUGCUUGCUACAUGUCAAUAUUUAUGGUUUUAAGUUUACUAUUCUUUAUCUUUAUAACUAAAAGGAAUUAUACUAUACUUAUCUUACUUGGGAUAGGUUUGAUGGGAUUUUUUAUAGCUGGUCCAGAUAGUGUUCUUGGAUCUACUGCAGCUCAAGAUACUAUUGAUAAUUCUGGAUUUACUUAUAAAUCAUUGGAUACAAUGGCUGCUGGACUUGUAAACGGACUUGGAUCUUUAGGAGCUGUUGUACAAGGAACAUUAACUGCAUAUAUUAGUGAGAUAUAUGGUUGGGAUGCACUUUUCUUUUGUUUAUUUAUAUUUGGUAUCCUUGCAUUUCUUAUUCUUAUACCAGCUACAUUUGACAAGAAGCCAAAGGUAUCAAACAAUAUAACCAACUAA